AUGAACCGCGCGAACUUGAACACGCGCAUGCAAAUAGGAAAGGGCACAACGUUCCUCCCAGGAAAGAAAGAUCCAUCAGUAGCCAAGCAGAUAGAUCAUGUCCUGGAGCACGGCUACGUGAUCCUCCCAUCAAUUUUCACAAAGACGGAAGUUGACAACGCCAACGCUGAAUUGGAGCGCCUUGAAGCAUCGGUAUCAGGACCAGCUUCCAAAGGCGGUCGGAAUGCUUUCGAAGGGUUUCAAACUAAACGGGUAUAUUCGUUGCCUGAUAAGAGUCGAGCUUUCGACUGUUUCCCGAUACAUGAUACGAUUUUGAAAUUGAAUGAUUACUUCUUGCAGCCGAGUUACCUGUUGAGUAGUUUUCAUACCGUGGAUAUUGGGCCGGGAGAGAAACCACAGGGGAUUCAUACUGAUGACGGGCUCAUACCGCUACCUCGUCCGAGACCGUUGAUGGGUAUUGGCACAAUGGUAUCCCUCGACGAUUUCACCGCAACAAACGGCGCCACCACCUUAAUCCCUGGUUCCCAUCUCUGGGACGACCACCAAGAACCAAACCGCGACGCAAUGAUCUCCGCCAUCAUGCCUGCCGGCUCCGUAGUCUACUUCCUCAACACGCUCUGGCACAGCGGCGGCGAGAACACCAGCAACGGUCGUCGUAGAUCUUUGACAGUGCAGUACUGUCAACCGUGGAUUCGUCCGUAUGAGAACUUUACUGUUGCGACGGGAUGGGAGGAUCUGGACCAAAUCCCGAAGAGGUUGCUCGCGCUGAUGGGCUUUAGUACGCAUGAGUUUAUGGGGUAUGUGGAUGGGAGAAGUCCGAGAGCUGGCGUCGAGAUGAGGAAGAAGAGGUUGAUUGAGUGGGGGAUCAAACAGGAGGAGGAAAAGAAGGGUGGGAGUUCGAAAUUGUGA